AUGUAUAAAAGAGAAGAUAUGGGCGAUACAAAACACGUGACCGGGAAUCCCAAAAGACAUUUUAGUUUAGCAACAGGGUAAAUCAAAUCACCGUUAAACUAAAAUGAAUUCUAUAAAGUAGUACAUUUUGUACUCCUUGCUAUCUACGGUAAUACAUGUAGUGUUUAAAAAAUAUACAAUCAUGUCCAGUGAUGUGAAACAAGUGGCAGAUGAUAGCGUGGACUCCUCUUCUUCUGCUUCGAUGACAGGAAACAAUAACAACAACAAGAGUAAGAACAACAAUAACAACAACGUGUUGAAGAUGGGCCCGCUGUUCCUUACACAAUCAGCUGAGCUGUACUACAAGCAACUGAUAGCAGCAAACGUAGCGGCGUUGACCAAACCGCGCCUAGCGGCCACUGUCAGAACUACCUUGAAUAGGACGUUAGAUCAGAAGGCCGCCUUCGUGUGGGAGGGCGCGGGAGGCCAGCACGGCGGCGGCGGUAGUGCCGGGGUGUCCGGGGCCCACGGCAAGUGUGGAGGGCCCGCGGGAGGCCAGGGACAGGGCAACCUCGUCCACUGGAUGUCCGUCAUGGCUGAGCACAUGAACAACGUGGGCACCAACCAUCACGAUGGCAUCCACUACAUGGCGUGGAACGGAGGAGUGGAGCAAUGUGGACCCCACGCCAAGGACAUGGAUUACUCCUGGGGAAGACAGUCCAUGGCCAAACAAGGAUACGAGGCGAAGAUGUCGACGGACCAACAAACGAACCAUGGGGUGGACGAUGGACGGAUGGAUCCUCCUGGAGGCCUGGGAGGGUUGUAUGGAGGCGCCGCCCGCUCCCACAGUUCCAGCAGUUCCUCGGCCUCGCCUCCCCACGGGGCAGCGACCCUCAUCGUCCCUCACCCCCUGGCUGCCAAGGGCCCUGACCAGCACCACGUGGUCACCCACAACGGCUCCGGCAGGAAGUACCAGUGCAAGAUGUGCCCCACGAUGGCGGGCAGUCACCCCCACCACCACUCCGCGCACACGCACAACCACGCGCACUCUAUGUACAACCAUGAGAAGAUGCAGAGGCCUUUGCUCAACUCCCAAGGAAAAGACAACGUAGUAGCCGACUGUCUCUCUCGCAUGUUCGAGGAAGGCCCACCCUCAAUCACAUCACCCGUAGCUUGUCCACCCCCAAUCACAUCACCCGUAGCUUGUUCACCCACAUCAGAUCACCCACAUCAAAUCAAUGUUUUAUUUAAAAUACCAGACGCUUUUAAAGAUAUUAGGGAACAUCAGUCAGAAGACACAGUUACACAACAAAUCAUUAAGUCAUUGAAAGGAAAAAAACCACCACCAAACUAUUCAAUGGUAGACAACCGCAGUUCAGGGGCUAAUGACCGUGGGGAAGAGCGGAUUGUUCCCCUCAACCUACUUCGAAAUAGUUUGAGGAUACACGCUCACCAACACUAA